AUAUUCACUCUCUAAACGACCCAAGAAUAACAUCGCCCUGCUCAAACUGAAGUACAAACUGGACGAAGCCAUACCCCUUCCCAUCUGUACAAACGAGCCCACCCUGGGAGUACCCUUGGCCGCUUGCGGUAUGGGAACCAUGCACAGUUCCAAAAUGCAUAUUGCAAGAACGCUUCAGGAACUCCCCCUGUACGAGACUGUUUUCGAACGACACAACCCCUUCUCGUGGAACGCAUGCCCAGCUGGCGAUAUCUGUACCGAAAAUGUUAUCGAUGAUUCCAAUAUGUGUUUCCAGGACGAAGGGGGACCUCUUUAUGGAAUUGGUUGCUCAACAGAACGUGGAUUCAUUUUACAACCAUCUUGUCUUUACGGAGUUGCUAGUUAUUUCUUUAGUCAUAACAAAAUUAGUACUGAAAAAGAAGCUAGCAUGGGAAAUAGUUUCGAAGGAGUUGAAUUCACACAACCAGGCAAUUUAGCUCGUUCGGCGUCACAUUCAUCUGAUUCACCUCAUUCAGGGCUCUCAUCUCAAUCAGGACAACAUUCAAAAAGGUCGCAUUCGCCGCAUUCCUCGCAUUCGUCUCGUUCUCCUUCCCCGUUUUCUUCCUCCUCUUCCUAUUCGGUUGGGUCUUCAUCUCGAUCUGGCUCCGAUUCUCCCAAACCUCCGGCCUCGCUCGAAAAGUGCAAUGAUGGAAGUGCCUUUGCCAGAGUCAGCCCACAUAUCAAAUGGAUUCGGGAUGUUAUGUCAAAAAACUAGAAGGUCAAAGGUUUUCACCUGAAAACACAUAUUAACUACAGCAGUUUUUGAAUUUGUAGCUUUA